AGACCGCACUGCUCAGAGAAGGAAGUACACUCUUCACAGCUAACUUGCACACUCACUGCUGCCGGAGUCACAGCAUCUGCAGAGUCACAGAGUGCCAGGCGGUCACCUCUUUCCAAUAAACAUGGAUGGAAAAACAGAUGUGAAGUCCCUCAUGGCGAAGUUCAACACGGGGACUAACCCGACUGAGGAGGUCUCCACCAACAGCAGGCCCUUCAAAGUCGCGGGACAAAACUCGCCUUCUGGAGUACAGUCAAGAAAGAAUUUAUUUGACAACCAAGGAAAUGCCAGCCCUCCUGCGGGACCCAGCCACAUGCCUAAAUUUGGGACCACAAAACCACCCUUGGCAGUGAAACCUACCUUCGAGGAGAAGCCUGACAAGGAGCCCAAACCCCCAUUUUUAAAACCUAGUGGGGUGAGCCAAAGAUUUGGAGCACAGCCAAGCUCGAUUUCUAGAGACCCUGAAGUCAAAGUGGGGUUUCUGAAACCCGUAAGCCCCAAACCCACCAGCUUGACCAAAGAAGAUUCCAAACCUGUGGUGUUGCGGCCUCCUGGGAAUAGGCUUCACAGUUUGAACCAAGAGUCUGACUUAAAGACGCCAGGACCUAAACCAGGGCCUACUCCCUCAGUCCCAGAAAAUGACCUGAAACCAGGGCUCUCAAAGGUGGCUGGAGCUAGGAGCAAAUUUAUGCCAGCGGCACAAGAGGCUGAGUCCAAACCCCGAUUUCCCAGAAACACCUUUGCCCAGAAGCCAUCCCUAAGUAUAGAGGACUCCCAGGAAGAGGAGAGCAGUUCUAAGAAUGUGCCUGUCCAGAAAGGACCCCCAAUGCCACUAGGAGCCAAAUCCAAGGGCAGCCCUUUCAAACCAGCUAGGGAAGAGCCUGAGGAUAAAGACCAUGGAACAUCAAGUUCGCCCUUCCCUGGAGUGGUUCUGAAACCUGCCGCAAGCAGAGGGAGCCCUGGGCUCUCCAAAAACUCUGAAGAAAAAAAAGAUGAUAGGAAAACAGAUGUUACAAAGAACAUCUUUCUGAGCAAAAUGAAUCAGGAAGAGUCAGCUAGAUUCCCUAAGGCCCCUUCCAAGCUGACAGCGGGGACACCAUGGGGUCAAAGUCAGGAGAAGGAAAUGGUAGACAAGAAUUCAGCAAGCCCAAAGCAGAAGCCACUGCCUCCCCUGUCCGUCUUGGGCCCGCCUCCAGCCAAGCCCAGCAGACCACCCAACGUUGACCUGACCAGAUUCCGAAAAGCUGACUCGGCAAACAGUACCAGCAAAACCCAGACACCUUACUCAACAACUUCCCUGCCACCACCUCCAGCGUCGCAUCCAUCCAUCCAUCCAUCACCUUCAGUGUCCCAGCCAGCCAGCCAGCCACCACUGCCAGCGUCUCACCCAACACAACCACCAGUCCCCAGUCUACCACCGAGAAACAUUAAGCCUCCCCUUGACCUGAAAAAUGCUAUAAAUGAAGAAAAUCAAGAUGGCCCCAUGCACUUUGAUGGUACUGGGAACCUAGAAGAGGAACAAGAGAGUGAAGGGGAAACAUAUGAAGACAUAGAAUCAUCCAAAGAGCGAGACAAGAAACGGGAAAAGGAAGAAAAGAAGAGGUUAGAGCUAGAACGAAAAGAGCAGAAGGAGAAAGAGAAGAAAGAACAAGAAUUAAAGAAGAAAUUUAAACUAACAGGCCCCAUUCAAGUCCUCCAUCAUGCAAAAGCUUGCUGCGAUGUCAAAGGGGGAAAGAACGAACUGAGCUUCAAACAAGGAGAGGAAAUUGAAAUAAUCCGCAUCACAGACAACCCAGAAGGAAAAUGGCUGGGCAGAACCUCAAGGGGGUCAUAUGGAUAUAUUAAAACAACUGCCGUCGAGAUUGACUAUGAUUCUCUGAAACGGAAGAAGAACACCCUCAAUGCUGUUCCAUCAAGACUUGUUGAAGAUGACCAAGAGGUCUAUGAUGAUGUGGCUGAGCAGGAUGCUCCUAACAGCCAUAGUCAGAGCGGAAGUGGAGGGAUGUUCCCGCCACCACCAGAUGAUGACAUUUAUGAUGGGAUAGAAGAGGAAGAUGCUGAUGACAGAUCCGUGCCGCAGGUUGAAGAGAAGACUAACACGUGGUCCUGGGGGAUUUUGAAGAUGUUAAAGGGGAAAGAUGACAAAAAGAAAAGUAUUCGAGAGAAACCUAAAGUGUCUGAGUCAGACAGUAAUGAAGGUUCAUCUUUCCCUUCUCCUCCUAAACAACUGGAUGUGGGAGAAGAAGUUUAUGAUGAUGUGGAUACCUCAGACUUUCCUGCCCCACCUGCAGAGAUGAGUCAAGGAAUUAAUGUUGGAAAGGCAAAAACAGAAGAAAAAGAUCCCAAAAAGCUAAAAAAGCAGGAAAAAGAAGAAAAAGAACUCAGAAAAAAAUUUAAGUAUGAUGGCGAAAUACGAGUCCUAUAUUCAACUAAAGUUGCAUCCACCUUGACUUCUAAAAAGUGGGGAGCUAGAGAUCUGCAGAUAAAACCCGGGGAAUUGCUUGAAGUCAUACAAAGCACCGACGACACCAAAGUCCUCUGCAGGAAUGAAGAAGGCAAAUACGGUUAUGUCCUUCGGAGUUACCUGGCAGACAAGUAAGGCCAUUUUCUUCUACUACUGUAUUUGUUUAAAAUAUCUGACCAUUUCCU